GUUUGGUUCACAGGUUUACUGCGUAUCAUCUAUUGCUUCAAGUCUGGCCAUCGCCUCCCCCUCUUCCCUUGGUCUCCUAUCUGCUAUGUCGCUAUACCCCCCAGAUACCCCGGAUCGCAUCCCUCGAACCCAUCCGGUGCUUUCUUACCUAGGAGCACGUUCCGAGCCUACUCGGCCCCCUCGAAGACAAGUAGCAUAUCUCCCAUCACAGUUUGCUUUUGAUCCCCAUAGUUACACGAGUGGGAAAUGGCUUCGUCAGGAUGACGCGCAGAGGAGCAGCCGCCAUAUCGACUUUGACUUUGACGCUCUUUGCUGGCGUAUCAUCUCCCUCUUCCCGGAUUCUGACCCGAUUGCCAAGUGCGAAAAGGUCGAAGGUCGAUCCAACAGAGUCUUUAUCUUUACUCUAAACAAUGGCAAGCGUGUGGUAGCUAAGCUGCCCUUCCGAUCUGCCGGAUCGCCAUCGCUCAUAACGCGGUCGGAAGUUGCCACGACUGAGUUCUAUGACCAGACCUCUAUACCCUUGCCAGAGAUCCAUGACUGGAGCUUUGGUGACGGGGACGAGAACUCGAUUGGAUGGCCAUAUAUCAUCAUGGACCAUGCCGAGGGCGUCCCGCUGGACAAAAAGUGGCCCGAUAUGCUUGGGGUUGAUCAGUUAAGUUGCGUUGCCACAAUUUACUGGUUACUCGGCCACCUUACCGAACUGGACUACCCAGGGUAUGGAAGCCUGUAUUUCUCACGCGGUCGUGGGAAACCCGAUGAGCAGCUUCUAGACGUCAAUCCGUUGUUCGGUCUUGGGCCUCAUUGUAAUCCCAGGUACUGGGACUGCGGUUCCUGUGACCCAAGGACAUAUCACCGUGUGGCCCAUAACCCCGGACCAUGGCAGACUCUCAGUGAAUAUAGCGAUGCUCUCGUUGAUGCUGGUCUUUCAUUGCUUCCAUACCUCGACCCGCACCAACCGAAGCGACCUGCUAGUUACGGGACUCUCGCGGCAGCGAUUGAUCUCCUGCAGCAAAGCCGCCCGCUGCUCAAGGGAAUUUGCGCGGAUCCAAUAGUCCAAGCAGUUGCUUCUCCAUUGCUAUGGCACCCCAAUUUGCAAAAGAGAAAGGUCUUCGUGGACGAAAAUGACCCUACUGUGAUUACCGCAAUCAUCGGUUGGCACAAUGCUAGUGUUGACCCGACUUUCUGGCAUGCUUUUGACACCCCAGAUUUUGCCUCUUACAUUGAUGGGCCAGCGGGCUCGUUGUGCUCGUUCCAGUUUCAAGAUAUCAUUGGGACUUUUGUACCCUCUUUUGCUGCUCCUAGGUCUUUGGGACCCGACCUAUUCCAACCGCUGUUACGUAGUUGGAGAGUUUGGAGAGAUGGUGUUCCAGGUCUAUGCAAAGACUUGUCAGUCGUUGCCCAAAGGUGGCAAGAAUUUGGCCUUGAGGAUCCGAGCCCAUUCCCUCCUGACCUACCAGCGGUUAUUUGGGAGGGCCUGAAAAUGUACCCCCAACUUCGUACAAAUGAGAUCUUGCGAGAUACCGUAGCGGGACUCCUCAGUGUCCCACAUGACGGAUGGGUUCCCAUACACAGAUGGGAAGAAACCAAACUUCGUCACGACAGUCUGAAAUUCUUGUUUCUAGGAGGGAACCGGAACGGGACGAGUAGUCCUGUAUCACCGGUGGUAAGAGUAAUGACAGACGAGAAGUUCCAGGGAGCGCAUUGGCCGUUCGAAUUGUGGCGACAAUUCCGGUGACUGGCUGAGGCCUUCACUUCUCCCACCUGUUUCCUGUGGAAUCAGUACUCACGAGGUGCCAGUGUGAUUACUACUCAAAGGGGUUGUUUUGGGGAGAAUGCAGACGACAUGGUUUGACGUGAGGCGGAAGUUAUAUUCAUUCUUAUUGCUGUUAUCUAAUAUUAGGUGUCAUGGAUUUGAGAAACUGUCGUCUACAUUGCCUGUACAUCUCAUAGCUUGUGACUGCUAAGCGAAAUCAGCCAGACUCAA